UUUAGCUGCUGUCUUACUUGAACCAAUACUUGGUGAAGGUGGUAUAAUUGUACCAAGUGAUGAUUAUUUUCCGGGUGUACGUCGGUUAUGUGAUAAAUAUGGUGCUUUAUUAAUUGCUGAUGAAGUUCAAACUGGUAUGGGACGAACAGGAAAAAUGUUUUGCGUUGAACAUUGGAAUGUUGAACCAGAUAUAUUAUGUUUGGGAAAAGCUUUCGGUGGUGGAAUUAUGCCAGCAGGUGCUUUUAUUGGUUCAGAAAAAUUAUGGACACCAAUAUUUUCAAAUCCAUUUUUACAUACAACAACAUUUGGUGGUAAUCCAUUGGCAUGUGCAGCUGCCAUUGCAACAAUCAAUGUUUUACUUGAAGAAGGUUUGUGUGAACGUGCACGAACUGUAGGUGAUAUAUUCUUAAGUAAACUUAAAUCAACUAUUAAACCAUAUACACCACAUAUAGCACUUGAUGCUCGUGGUAAAGGUUUAAUGUUAGCUUUAGAAUUUCCUGAUACAGACAUUGGUUUUCGUGUUGCAAAAGGUUUAUUUCGAGAAAAAAUUCUUGUUGCUGGUACAUUAGUUAAUGCUAAAACAAUACGUAUUGAACCACCAUUAACAAUAACAUUAGAACAAGUUGAUACUGUUAUUAAUGCAUUAAGUAAAGUAUUAAAAGAAAUUGCAAGUGAAAUGAAAGUUCAAUUCAUAAAUGAAUCAAUUGUUAAACCUAUGCCAAUAAAUAAUCUUCAACAAACUGUACUUUCAAGACAAUUGUAA